GGUAACAAGAUUGGCAAGCCACACACUGUUCCUUGCAAAGUCACGGGAAAGUGUGGCUCCGUUCUUGUACGUCUUAUACCAGCACCAAGAGGAACUGGUAUUGUUAGUGCACCUGUCCCUAAGAAACUUUUGUCGAUGGCCGGUAUUGAGGAUGUUUACACCAGUGCCCGUGGUCAAACUGCAACACUGGGCAACUUUGCCAAAGCCACGUAUGCUGCGAUAAGAAAGACCUACGAAUACCUUACGCCGGACCUAUGGAGUGUUGCACCGACCGAGCCUCAUCCGUACAUCAAGCACGCGGAUUACCUCAGAAGCAUGUCGAAAGCCCUUGCGUAA